AUGACCGAAAAUCCUGUACCGCUGCCAACGCAAGUCGCGGCUCCCAGUCAGACCUCCCUUACCUCUCCUGCUAGUGCCCACCCUGCCAAGGAGGACGCAGAACCUAGCGCUGAGACUGCCGAGGAAGAACCCUACACCAUCAAGUGUAUCUGCAACUUCUCUGACGAUGACGGAAACACGAUAUAUUGCGAUAACUGUGAUACAUGGCAGCACAUUGACUGCUUCUACCCUGACAACAGGGACGAGGCCAUUCGUGAGGACUUUUCCCACUCGUGUGCAGACUGCAAACCUCGCCCCCUGAAUCGCCAAAAAGCCAUCGAACGAACGCUGCGAUUAAAAAAUGCCACUGCGCAAGAGGAGGAUUCGCCCGAGAAGAAGGUCAAGAGGCCACCCUCCACCAAGAACGGCAAGAAGCGAUCAAAGCCCUCGGAGCUGUCUUUGAACGCAGCAAACGGCGGGACCGAGGCUGGCAAGCAGUCCAACUUGGCCGCUGAUAAUCAAGCCAAGAAAUCAAAGUCCUCACACAAAACUUCGCAAUCUGUCAGCUCACAGCCGUCAAAGCGCAGUCCCUCCUUCGCCAACUCCCGUUCUAAUCUUGCACACCCUCCCAGCCCUGCCACAACUCCACCUGACCUCCCCGACGACUUUCAGAUUCAUCAUUACUCCGCCGGUUUCUAUUCUCUCUACAAUGAACACGACGUCCCCGAUACACAUAAUAAUGCCUUUGCCAGCCUGGCCAUUCCCACUGCUCUGUCGCGCUGGUUGCGAGAGCCCGAUGCGAUGAAGCAAGAGGUGGGCCGAACUCAUACCGAUGUCUUCCAGGAGGAGCCUGCAAAUUUGGAUGACAAGAGACCGAAGCUCGAAGUCAAGGAUGCUACUCGCUCCUUGGAACAAGGCACAACCUUGCGAUGGCGCUUUGUCAAGUCCACUGCUCCUAUAGAGAAAGACGUACCGCUGAUUGAACUCAACGGCGAGAUUGGGUUUCAGAAGGACUACUGCGCUGAUCCAGAGAAUCUAUGGACCGAUCUAUCAUCACCACUCCCCUUCGUUUUCUUUCACCCCGUCCUGCCCCUCUACAUUGACACGAGGAAAGAAGGCUCUCUUGCGCGUUAUGUGCGCCGCAGCUGCAAGCCCAACGCUCAACUCGAUACCUAUUUGUCCGGGGGGUCUGAAUAUCACUUUUGGCUCGUUAGCGACCGGUAUAUUGCUGCUAACGAACAAAUCACAUUACCAUGGGAUUUUCGGUUGGAAAAAAGUGUCUGUGCCAGGUGGCUGCACCUGCUAGGAUUGAGCGAUGACGAGAGCGUGAUACAGGAUCAAACAGCCUUGGAAGAGUCCGAGUACAUUGCCAUUUCGAACUGGAUCGACCGAAUGCUUUCGGAGUAUGGUGGUUGUGCUUGCGACUUGGAAAACAACUGCGCGUUCGCCCGCUUUCACCGACACUAUUUCCAUGUUCGCGGCCGCGGCCGUCCAAAUAAGAAGAAAUCGCGCAAGUCUCGCAAUCAUACAGUGUCCCCGACAAGCACUGGCCAGGCCACCAACAGCCGUGCUGCUAGCGAGGGCCAUGGCGACGAAAUGACCGAUAACCAUGCCAAACUCGAAACACUCUCCUUGACGAGCAAGCCUACCAGUCGAGACCCAACGCCAGUGCGACAAGGCUCGUUCGAUCAGCUGGGAAUUCUCACGGAGCCCACGGAUCGCGAUAAGCGCAAGGUCGCGAUGGUCGAAGACUCUUUCCGUCGCAUGGAGCAGCAACCUCCUCCAAGAAAAAAGAAGCGCGUCUCCGAUGGUACAUCUUCUUCAAAAUCCAAGGCCCGCUCAGGCUCCUCGGUAUCUGGCGGCUAUGUCGACGCAGGCACUUCGAGGAGCAAAACCGGAUCUCCAGCCAGCUCGUUAUCCCCCAGCCUGCCUUCUAACCCUUUCAAGAGUCCCGCUUUGGUACAACGACCUCGCCAAUCGUCAUCAGGCUCUCGACCGUCAUAUUGUGACGCAGGAGUUCAGACAGAUCCGGUCGAGGGCGAGUGGUUCAGUGAGCCCUGCCGUUUGUCAGCCCCCAAGAAAAGGAUCAUCCCGUUAUCUCGUCGGUUGCUCAACAGUCGGUAUAGAAUCAAGGCUGAGGACACGACGGAGCAAAAGCCAACUCUGACAGAUGUUGCACCAAAGAUUGCAAUGGAUAUUGAUGUUCCUGCCGUUGCUCCCUCAGAUUCGGAGUACAAAGACAACCAACGAGCAGAUGCUUCUCAGCCAGAUACAGCCAUGCCCGACGCACCGGCGCCCCCGUCGGAAGGGGUGAACGGAACGGCUGAUGCAUGUAGCACGAUCAAGACUCCCGAUCUGCGCGUGCAGAUGCCACCAGUCCCGACGUUUGACAACAGCGGACUGUCGGCACCUAUGGGUACGACUCCCUUGUCAGCCUCUAGCUCGGCGGCACUGUCACCUUUCGCAGCCAAUGGCAUACCGAGCCCUUUCCAGUCAUCUGCUGUCCACAGUGCAAUCGCUAAACACAGUCCUGUUAAGAAGAAGCUAAGUUUAAGCGAUUACACCAAGAGCCGGAUGAAGAAGGGUGGUACGAAGGACUCUAGCGGGCCUGGAUCGCUCAAGUCGACUCUUUCGAGCCCAGAGGACAUCAAGGUUGAAAUGACGACGGAGUUUCAAGGCAUUGAAAAAAUCGAGGAAAAGGAACCUUUGCCAACCGCGAACGCGAACGGUGGCAUCUAA